UUAAACCAGUCAAAACAUUUUUUUACGGAGAGAGCAGAGGAGUUGAAGUUUUGGCUGUUGUUGCCUGCCGUCCAAGCUAGAAUGUAGAGAGACUGUAGCUUUUUGCAUUUGCAAUAUGAAGAAUGGAAGAAGACGAUGUUACUAUCAGGGAACAGAAUUUUCACAGCCAAGUUCGGGAGUACAUCAUUUGCUUCCUCCUGUUUGCAGUCCUCUACAUUGUGUCCUACUUCAUCAUAACCAGGUACAAGAGGAAAAGUGAUGAUCAUGAGGAUGAAGAUGCUGUUGUUAACAGAAUAUCAUUAUACCUGUGCACCUUCACACUGGCAGUGUCCGGUGGCGCAGUCUUCYUACUGCCUUUCUCAAUCAUUAGCAAUGAGAUCCUCCUUUCCUUCCCCAGAAACUAUUACAUCCAGUGGCUCAAUGGCUCACUCAUUCACGGUCUGUGGAACCUGGUGUCUCUGUUCUCCAACCUUUGCCUUUUUGUGCUGAUGCCAUUUGCGUAUUUCUUCUUGGAGUCUGAGGGAUUUGCUGGGUCAAAAAAGGGCAUAAAGGCACGUAUUCUGGAGACUUUUGUGAUGCUCUUCCUUCUGGCUUUGCUCAUUCUUGGCAUAGUGUGGGUGGCAUCAGCCCUAAUUGACAAUGAUGCAGCCAGUAUGGAGUCACUUUAUGAUCUUUGGGAAUUCUACCUGCCAUACCUCUAUUCUUGCAUAUCUCUGCUGGGAGGACUGCUUUUACUGAUGUGCACUCCUGUUGGGUUAUCCAGGAUGUUCACGGUCAUGGGCCAGUUACUAGUGAAACCAACCAUCCUAGAGGACCUAGAUGAGCAGAUUUACUGCAUCCAUUUGCAGGAGGAAGCCCUUCAGAGGAGAUUAAACGGGUCAUCUAUAUACACCUACAUCCGAGGAGGCUUUACUCACCAGCUCAACAAAGAAUUGGAAAACGUUAGAAAUCAGAGGAAUAAACUGGAGAGAAGAAAGAAAGCAUCAGGAUGGGAGAAGAACUUGUUGUAUCCCAUUGUAAUGCUGAUUCUGCUCGCGGGAACGACAAUCUCUGUGAUAAUGGUGGCACUGAAUAUCCUAUACCUUCUAGUGGAUGAGACAGCUAUGCCAAAGGGAUCCACAGACCGCAGCAUUGGAAACACCUCCCUUUCCACCUUCGGUGUGGCUCAGGCAGCACUAGAGAUCAUCCUCAUGUUCUACUUGAUGGCGUCUUCCGUUGUUGGCUUCUACAGCCUGCGUGUCUUCGAAGGACUAACUCCCAGAAAGGAUGACACGACCAUGACAACGAUCAUUGGUUGCUGUGUGUCUAUCCUGGUCCUGAGUUCAGCUCUGCCAGUAAUGUCCAGAACUCUUGGUAUCACCAGGUUUGAUCUUUUGGGAGACUUUGGGAGAUUUAACUGGCUGGGAAACUUUUACAUUGUCCUUUCAUACAACUUGCUUUUUGCCAUUGUGACAACUCUUUGUCUYGUGAGAAAAUUUACCUCAGCAGUGCGGGAAGAGCUCCUAAAAGCCCUAGGUCUGGAUAAAUUGCAACUGUCAAACAGCCCCAUAGACCCUGAAUCUGGGAAGCUUUCGGCCAACGGGCAUCAGAAAACUCUGUAAAAAGGACAAUGAAUCCAGACGCGUACACGUUAGCAGAGCCAAAGGGAGAUUUCGACAGUACUGCCUGACUGCUGAAAGRUGAAAAGGAUAGGAAGGAACUUAAUAAAUCCAGCCGUGUCUGUCUGUUGCUGCAAAUGGAGGCUGAGAGCAAUUUAGUUUGUGACAUUCCAUCCUCUGCGUCUCGAAUGGAAGCUGGGGCAGAGCCAGGGCUGAGACCGAGGAGUGAAAUAGACUGGCAUCACUGCAGUGACCUUGAUGCUAAACUCAACCACGACUGUGACUUCAAACUACCCAUCCUUUGCUUCAGGGGCAUUCCAACCCCCGUCAUUGUCACCUGCUUUUCUUCCCCAGUCUUUAUUGCACUUGACAGUCUUGAAUUAGGCUCUAUACUCAGUCAUUUAAAACACAACCCACCAAAUUGAUUUAAAUUAUCUUUUAAUGUUUUUUUUUCCUUUUUCUUUAUGCCUGUGAAAGUAACUUAAAAUUAAUAUUCUGUAAUUGUUUUCUGACUAUUAAGUGAAGUGAUGCAGGCAUUAUGAGGUGUCUGUUUGCCAUUUUGCAAUGAGAAAAUAACAAAAAUGUGCUUUGUGAAGCAUGGGAAUUUGUCUUUUCUUCACGCAUUUUACAGCCAGUGAAGACAGAUCCACAAUAUCAUUGCAGUUUACAUCAUAUGCACUGUUACUGUCAAUCUGAAUGACAGGCCUCAGAUUUCAGCGCUCCUGCUGUCAUUUGUCCUUUUAUCCAGCUUUAUGCAAGUGCGCUUUAACUUUGUUGAUGAUGUCAUUAGUUUGUAUGAAGAAGGAUAUUUAUUUUUAGAAGCUCUAAAUUUGACUUAGGCUACCUUACAAUGGAAAACUGGAGAUUUUAAUUCCUUAGUGCAUUAGAUUGGAAUUUUAAGUUUUAGCUUCACACUUCUGCUUAUUCCACACCGGCACAGAGAUUUGUCUUUUUGUAAAUGUAUUUACUUGUACAUAACGUUGUUUCAUACUUUAUUAUUUUCUUGUUACUUUGAUGUAAAUAUUGGGCUGUCGUUGAUGCUCACCGAGGRACUGACUCACUAUUUAUUGGUACAUAUUUUUUUAUAUGAACCUCUAAAUCAAAUUCUAUCACGUUGAACAUUUUGUGUGCUUUAUCCUCAGCCUUAAAGUGAAGAAAUGUGGAUGGGUGGCUUUGGUGUAUUCCAAAAAAAAAAGUUAAUGGAGAUUUUGGGAUACACACAGAGUUACUGAUAAGGUGUGUGAGCGGGAGAAAUGGUAAAUAAAUCCGAGGCAUGUGUAAAAAAA